CCAUUGAACUAAAUAUGACCCUGAUACAGGCUCUCUCUGAACUCCUUGAACAUGUCUUUACAUAAUUAAAACAUGUUAAUGUCAAAUGCUUUCAAUAAAUUAAUUGAAGGAGAAAAAAAGUCGUUUAAAAAUUAUAUCGCGAACAGGGGUUGAAUCGAGAUCGCGAUUUUAUAACUAUUUAUUGUGCAGGCCUAAGUCUAGUAGUAAUUCACAUUGUAAAGAUUUUUGACAACAGCGUGUGCGCUGCAUUUCACAAAUCUAGAGGUGGGUUAACUGAGUGAACUUUUAUUCCAUUACACUCCUCAUUACAUCCUCAAAAAGGGACAGGCUGGAUACCAAACAUACAGCCAGAAAUUCUGCAUGUUAGUUUAUUUGGACCGCUCUGUGAGACUGACAUUAUGAUAGACUGAACAGUGACGAAUAAUUGGUUCAUUAUUGCCCUUCAUGAGUAGGGCUAAUCUUGGUCUUGUGUAAAUGGUAUUGUGUCAAAUGUCCAAGUGGAAGUGUUCUUUUUUUCCAUCAACGCAUUGCUUAAGUGCUUCAAUUUGCAUCUUUGACCUUAUUUAUUUGUGCUAUAAAUCCUUAAAUAACAUCACCAUACGUGUUUUUUUUGAGUUCUGUAAUUGUAAAAAGAAUUAUUCUUUUUUUGUUAUUUUAGAAUGGAAUUUUCUAGACAAAUUUGAGUCCAGUGUUAAGAAAUGAUUUUCAAGCAAAACUAAAUUGUACCCUAGGGCAGUGGUUCCCAAACGUUUUCAUGUCAAGGACCCUUAAACGGGUACAAAUUACCACAAAAUAGACCACAGCCCCAACUGAUAAGAUUUUUAGAUGUUAGAUUAGAUGUUUUAUUAUAGAAAAUGUAUGAAAUCAUUGACCAAAAUAGUCACAUUCUGUCAUUGCGUUAAUUAAGGAUGGAAAACUAUUCCCCUUUUUGCUGGGGACCCCUUAAGCACCCCUCGGGGUCCUCGUGUUUUGAAACACCUGUUAUGAUUUAGGACUAAAAACUUAUUUUAGUGGAAGUAAGUUUACACUUCAGUCUGUCAGAGUUUCACAGGUCUUUGCAAAUCAAGCCCAUUCAUUUGUAACUGAAAUGACAUGAGGGCGGUAUUUAUACUAUUCUGUGGAGAUCAAAUGUAGCUAAUUAUCACAACAUCCAGCUUUACAACCAACUCAAUUCAUAAUGAGACGGUAUCAUAGUAAAAGUGUUCCACCAGCCUGUAGCAGCUUGUAUUUUCUCACCAGCACAGAGCUCAUACUGAAUCAUCUAUGGCCUUGAAUCAAACUAUCAAACAAAAACACUUGUUGUUUUUCCCAUUCGUUCAGCCAGCGGAAGUUUGGAGACUUUAUAAGACCGGCCAACUCUACCUCUGUACCUUGGUGAAGACGUGGAACUGGACAAUGAGGGUUGUUCUUGGUUUGCUGCUGUUGCUGCUGGGUCUUUGUGGGUCAGGGGCUCAGGGGGAGAGGGGAGGCCUUGGCGAGGUGGGUGACAUCAACGAGUUUCAAGAGACGGCUCCAAGCAAUGCAGGUGAGGAAUCGACCGAGCGGACCACAAAGCAAACCACCCCUGACAUCUGGGCAGAGGUGAGGGAGCUGAGAGACAUGGUGGUGGAGCUCAAGGUGUACGUGGCGAUGCUGCAGAGAGAGAAUUCUGACUUGCAGACCAGACUGAGCAGCACUGAGAGGGAACUUCUUGUUAGCAAGUCCAGGAUUGACCAGCUGGAGAGAGAAAAUGCAGUCCAAGCCACAGAACUGAGAUCUUUGGAAACUAGACUGACUGCCACCGAAAGCAAAACAAGUGACCUAGAAAAAGAGAAUGCAGACUUGCAGACCAGACUGAGCAGCACUGAGACUGAACUUCUCGUUAGCAAGUCAAGAAUUGAACAGCUGGAGAGAGAAAAUGCAGAGAAACCAAAGGUGGCCUUUUACACAGCUCUGACUGAUGCAGGAUAUGUUGGACCACACAACACAGACACCACACUGAAAUACAGCAAGGUCUUCACCAACAUUGGCAAUGCUUAUAAUCCAGCUACAGGUUUCUUCACAGCACCAGUCAAAGGGGUCUACUAUCUCCAGUUCACUGUGUGUGGUAACCACACAGGUCUUAUGGGUGUAUUUGUGUUCAAGAACAACCAGAAGAUCAUGUUUAAUGUGGAGUGGAAGGAAGCAAAACUUUAUAAGUAUUUCACUAAGUCGGUUGUCUUGGAGCUGAUAGCAGGAGAUACAAUUCACCUGGUUCUCCCAUCAACCUAUUCUGUCUAUGACGAUGGAGAUAACCACAGCACCUUCAGUGGCUCCCUUCUCUUCCCAUUGUGAGGAUGUUGUUUAGGCUGCUGUGUGAUUGAUUUGUUACAAACACUGUUGUUAUUGGCUACGCUGUGAUUUACUGCAUCAACAAAUGUGAAUCUGACUUCCCUCUUGUGUCAUCCAAUGAAAACAACACUCAAAUAAAUCAAAGA